GGUUUGAUUCAUGCAGCAAGUUUUAAUUGUCGGAGAAAACUUGAUCGUUCAAGGUAGAACAGAGCGAUAUUGCAAUUACUGGCAGUUCAUUUUGACCUCGGUAAACUUCGAUAAUAGGAAUCUUUUGAGAAAAUCGUAGCUCUUAUUAACGAUAUUUUACUCGAUGUCCCAGCGCAACAGCAGUCUCUUAAUGCAGCGCAUGGAUAUUAUCUCCAGCAUGCUACUUCGGAAGUAGGUCACAGUUUUACGACGUCUCUAUUGGGCGCUCGUUUUUUUCUAAAUUAAACCUCGACUCUGGUCAUAAUUUAUAAAAGGUGUAUUCUGAAUUAAGAGUGGACUCAAACCGAUCUUCCAUCGGGACCGAAGGGUCUGUAUGAAGGGAUGUGAUGACCCAUGCAGAUACCGCCCCAGUGACUCCUGGGAGCAGGUAGGUCUUCCACAUGCGGAGGCCAUGGCGGGGGGAGCCCAGCCAAAACUAAAAAGAGGGAGGCCCAAGGAGGUAAAGAGAGGCAGUGUGAAGGAGAGCAAUGAACUGUGGGAAGAGGAGGAGGGCAGGAAGCUGGAUCUGUGCGAGGGGGACAGCCUCGACUGUCGAGUCCUUCUCACUCGUCUGGAGUCGAGCGGUGAUGAGGACAAGGAGAGCUGCUUGGAAGCUCCAAUAGAGACCAAAGAAGAAGGGAGCCAUAGCCUGGUGCGUGGAAGGACCAAGCCCUGCAAGUCUAGACAAAAGACCUGCAAAGCCUAUCGGCUAGCGCCGGAACCAAACAAUCAAUCAAAAGUGUUAUGCACAUUACCUGUCGUGGAACCUCGCAAACGGAGGCUGGCCUCUCUCAACGCAGAGGCUGUGAAUACUCUGCUCUUAUACAGAGAACAUCCGCAAGUGUCCAGACUCGUAAAUAAGCUACAUUCCAAUGGGAAUCUGGCAAAGGAUGCAAUCAUUUUGGGCCAUAACACCCCAAGUGGUCCUAAGGUGGCAAAAUCAGACAUUUGUGGAACUAGAAGUUCCAAAACAUACCAAAAGACUAUGAAGAUGGAGGAUGUGGGUCUGCUGAGUCUGUACGGUCCCACCCCUCGGCGUCAGGCCAGCCUCAAUGCUUCUGCUUUGCUCAAGAUCACCAGCACCUCUUUCAAAGCCAAACACCGGGGGACCAAGGCCAACUGCAACCAGCUGAGUGGGGUAGUGAGGAUCAAGCUAAAGAAACGGCAUCAUCAUGAAAUCCAUCACAGGCAAUCCCAGGUCCAGCCACAGCUGGUUCAGAAAUGCUGUAAUCUCUGUAAAAGGGAAUACUUCCACCCAGAACCACAGUGGGAGGGGACUACAGGGGGGAAUGGCUCCAUCAGAUCUGACUUCCAGUGUGGAUCCUUCCUUGGCUACCCGAUGAAGUCUGUGGAGGAGCCAGUCGAGACCCAGACGACUCCUUCUUUCUGCUGCUGCUCCCAGGAAAGGUUGGGGGUGUACUGCCACCGACUGGCCCUGUUCCUUGGCCAAAAGAGGUUCGGUGACGACGAACUUGAGGAGCAUUCGCUCUCCAAGGGCCGCCUCCUCUCUCCCCGUUCCCUUGCCCACCCACAUGCCCUGACCAUAGGCCCCUACCCUUACCCAUGUUUCUCAGGCUAUUAUGUCCACUUUGCCCACCACAAGACCUCCUCUACCCUCAUGACCUCCAUGAGCUCCAGCCCCAUGCCCUACCCGCCCUCUUCUGUGGCCUCCAUCACGUUGUGCCCUGGUGGGGUCCAGAGUCCCAAGCUACUGUCCCCGACCGGCUCCCACCCCUCAGGAGUCUCCCACCCGGUCUACUGCUAUGGAGAAGCCUGCAGAAUCAGUCGCUACCCCUACAGAGCAGUAACAACGCUCGCCAGCAGGGGGUGCUGCUAUAAUGCAGGUUGCUCCAGCUGCAGCCAUAACACCAAGUUGGAAGACUACUCCUCGCCUUUGGAGGACCACAGCCCCCCCUCUGUCCCAGUUUCCCCCACACAAGGCUGCCUUGCCACCGCCAGCGCUCCCCCAGCCGGCCAAUCAGUGCCCCACCUCCAGAACCCUCUAUCGGACCCCAGCCAACCGAGGAUUACGCUGCAAGUGACCCGGGAGUGUCCUCAGCGUGCAAAGCCACCCAGCAGCUCUCGGUCUGGGGUAUGUGGUGACUCCCAUAUUCGAGACGAGCAUCAGCUGGGGCCUGCCGCCAGCGGAGCUGCCAAGCAGCAGAGGAUCACCCGUCGCCGGGCAACCAAUGGCUGGCUGCCCGUGGGCGUGGCCUUCGAGAAGGAGGUUUUCACUGUGGGGGAGGAGACGACAGUGUUGCGCAAAUGUUUUGAAGGAGUACAGCGGGACGGGGAGGUCAUUCGGGUUCGAGACACAGUCCUGCUGCGCUCCGGUACCAGGAAGAAGUCUCUGCCCUACGUAGCCAAAAUCUCAGCCCUGUGGAAGGACCCCGAAUCAGGAGAGAUGAUGAUGAGCCUGUUUUGGUUCUACCGCCCAGAACACACACAGGGAGGACGAAAUCCCAACACACACUGUGAGAAUGAAAUUUUUGCAUCCCGGCAUCAGGAUGAAAACAGUGUGGCCUGCAUUGAAGACAAGUGCUACGUGUUGACGUUAGCACAGUACUGUAGAUAUUGUGCUUUGGUGACUCGUCGGCGGGAGGAUCUCCCUGAAAGUGCCACCAGAGUGGUGCCGCCUUCUGUCGAAUACGCCGUCCCUGCCCACUGCUGUGUCCCAACGGACAUCGACCCCGACCUGGUGUUCAUGUGUCGCCACGUCUACGACUUCCGCUAUGGACGCAUCCUGAAGAGUCUGCAGUAGCACUUCUGUGGAUGGUGGUAGAACGGAGGAAUCUUAAACAGUGGAAGAGAGAGCUGAAAAGACAGGAUUUUGAGACCGACCAAGCCACUCUGUUUUGAAAGGAGUGGAAGAUGUUGACAGUUUUAGGCAGAGGAAGUCUCUAAGUCUGGAAGUGCUUUUGCUCAAUGUCUCUAUCUCUCACUCUUGAGCGAUUUGCGAAGGGUCACACUUGGUCAAAGAGGAAUUGUGUUUUAUCAUCCCAAGCACAAAUCCCCUUUAAUAAAACUGAUUUGCCAAAUUAUAAUUUUAUUUUUUGCAUCGUCCCAUGACUUUGCCUGUAUCUAUGUGGGUUAAUAGUUACGUUGUGUUGCCAGAUGGUAUCAGUUAAGACUUGUUUUGUAUUUAAUGGGAUGACUCAUGAAUUAGAUGGUGGCUUAACAUAUUUAUCUGUAUUGAUUUAGUCUUGAGUUUAAGGUUUAAUUGGCUUAAGUGCAGAGAAAUAUUUAUUUCUAUAUGGAGAAUUUUUUUAUUUAAUUUUUUAAAAGUAAUUUAAGAGUGCAUUAUUUAGUAUUUUCAAAGCAAGGAAGUCGACUACGAGAUAAUUAUCAUUCCUAAGUAGAAAUGAUCCAGGCGUUCGCCAAACACUAACUCUCUGUCUGCAUUGUCUUAGAGGUAAAGUACCAGUGAAUCCCAAACCAGCCUCUCGCCUAUACCUCACCCCUACCAACUAUACCUCACCCCUACCAACUAUACCUCACCCCUACCAAUUCAUGGCCCUACGUAGUCACGUGUUGCUGACAAAACUCCCAGAGUGGCGAGGGGAUUAAAUAAACACAUUAACUUCGAGACACACUCUUGACUUGAAUUAUGCAAUUCAUGUAUGACAUUUAAAUAAUAAGAGAAUGAAAUUCAAAUUCCCCUGGUCAUUUUACAAGAUAUAAAUCGGACACAACAAAUACUCCAUUCUCUUGUAUGAAAUUGUACAAAAUAUAUUGUGUUUACAUGUUGGAAUAGCUCUUCGCUUUGGAACCGGCAGCUUUGCUGGCUUGGUCGAAGUGGCUAUCGAAGGGGCUGAUCAUUGUCACACCCUCGGCUUUGGGACACUUGUUCAUAUGAAGGAGGUGAGUGUGAAAGUGCAAAUGGAGGGGAGAGGGGAAGGGACUGGUUUGGGAUUCAGCAUGAGAAAUGAUAAUUGUAUGUCCCUACUACCCUGCCUUGAAUUGACCAAUGAACGGGGGUUUGAACACAACACGCGCACUGCCAUUAGCCAUAAUAACUUGCCUUACAUCCCGCCGGUCGACAUCUAGGAUGCAAGCUACAAUACGUUCAGUUCACACCUCACCAAAAAACCUGCCUUCCAUCUAAACCAAGUUUGCCAGUGGGUGGAUCUACAGUUCAGUACAAGCCCCUCCCCAUGUUACUGUGCACUAAUCCAUGUUCCAUUAUGAGAUCAUCGACUGUGUCCUUAAACUGAACAUGCUACUGAUUCGUUAACAUGGAAGUCACACUGUGGAUUUAUGUACAUGUGUGUUUGCUUAGAUCAGAGGGAAUCAAAGUUUGGUAUCACAGUUCCUGGAAAAGCUUCCUGUCUGAUCAACACACACACACACACACACACACACCUGCUUCUAAGAUGUAUCUCGAUAUAUAGGGCACAAGCCAUAGGAGUACCUUCCUUACACGCUCAAGUCCUUUUUAUGUCCAAUCAAGAUGUGAUCGAUUUUUCUUACAUUGACUGUUGUGCCUGCCUGUCUCAGUGGACUCUGUGUCCAAUAACUUUCCAUGAAAAGUAGGCCAAGAUUAUUGUUAUUUUUUUAUGUCUUUUUUAAAUGCCUUUUUUUUUCAUGAAAUUCUGUUAAUUGCUAAGAAAUGUUUGUACCAACAAGGGUAUAGAAUGGGUAUAAAAUGUCCCAUUCAACUCAUUCCCCGGUGUAGAAAACUCUCAAUUCCAAGUUUCUUUGUUCUUGUGUGCAUAUGUUCCGAGUUUUAGAGGUUCUGGGAAUUUUGGGAAAGAAUAUUCAUAGCACCGUGUUUGUAUUAUUUAACAUGUAAUAUACAAAUAUUUGAAUGGAAUAAAUAAUUAGUUU